AUGACAAAGACCUUAUUCAUCUGUUUCCCGCUGGUUCUACUGGCGGGACACCUCCUCGUGGUUAUCGGACAAGCCAAUGAGCCCAACCAACCGUCGGUUUCCCAUGACGUGCUGCCAGAAGUCCUGCUGUCCGCCACACAGAAACCAGUAGUCUCUGGUAGAGAGAGUCUGGUGAGGUUCAACGGCAAUGUCUCCGCUCCUCGGCACAUGCGCCCUUUACCUCCAAUGUGCUCGGGACCUACCGAGAUCAGAGACACAUUUAAGUACAUCAACACUGUAGUAUCGUGUCUCGUGUUCAUCGUCGGUAUUAUCGGGAACUUCACGCUCCUCAGAAUCAUCUACAAUAACAAGUGCAUGCGCAAUGGCCCCAAUAUUCUCAUCGCCAGCCUGGCGCUGGGAGACCUGCUGCACAUUGUGAUCGAUAUUCCCAUCAAUGUGUACAAGGUGAGAACAAUCAAGCACACACCAACAUAAGAUACACACACGCAUGCACCAUGCGCACACAUCCACACGCACACACAGUCUGGUCAAGUGAGAAAUAGGCUGUAGUGUAAUAUUGGGCCAAAGAUAUUUUCUCUGUCCACAUACAUCUUACCCGGUCGUACAAUAGCAAUACAAAUUGAAUGAUGUAACUUAUCCAACUACUUUGAGGACGUAUAGUAUUCCACGUCUUUAUCUGAGACCGGGUUGCUUGUUGCGCUAUAACAACAAAGGAGAAUUAUGACAGGGAGAAUUGACGUUGGUGGUUAGGGGAACUAAACGACAAAGGUUAGGUGAAUUUACGUAGCAGGUUAGGUGAAUUGGGUUUAGUUUAGAAUAAGGGUUAGGGGAAGAGUUAGCUAAAAUGCUACAGUUGUCCCCGAUGCGACUCGAACAUGCAACCUUUGGAUUGCUAGACUGUCGCGGAUUACGCUCACCCAUCCUCCCUACUUUCGUUUCUGUAUCAUACACUGAGUAUACAAAACAUUAAGGACACCUGCUCUUUCCAUGACAUAGACUGACCAGGUCAAUCCAGGUGAAAGCUAUGAUCCUUUAUUGAUGUCACUUGUUAAAUGCACUUCAAUCAGUGUAGAUGAAGGGGAGGAGACAGGUUAAAGGAUUUUUAAGCCUUGAGACAAUUGAGAGAUGGAUUGUGUAUGUGUGCCAUUCAGAAGGUGAAUGGGCAAGACAAAAGAUUUAAGUGCCUUUGAAAGAGGUAUGGUAGUAGGUGCCAGGCACAACGGUUUGUGUCAAGAACUGCAACGCUGCUGGGUUUUCACACUCAACAGUGUCCCGUGUGUAUCAAGAAUGGUCCACCACCCAAAGGUAGCUAGGUCGCUGUAUCACAGUAGCUAGGUCGCUGUAUCACAGUAGCUUGGUCGCUGUAUCACAGUAGCUAGGUCGCUGUAUCACAGUAGCUAGGUCGCUGUAUCACAGUAGCUAGGUCGCUGUAUCACAGUAGCUAGGUAUCUGUAUCUCAGUACCUAUACUACAUGGCCAAAAGGUGUGUGGACACCUGUUCGUUGAACAUCUAAUUCCAAAGUUAUGGGCAUUAAUAUGGAGUUGGUCCACCCUUUGCUGCUGUAAUAGCCUCCACUCUUCUGGGAAGGCUUUCCACUAGAUGUUGGAACAUUGCUACGGGGACUUGCUUCCAUUCAGCCACAAGAGCAUUAGUGAGGUCGGACACUGAUGUUGGGGGAUUAGGCCUGGCUCGCAGUCGGCGUUCCAAUUCAUCCCAAAGGUGUUUCUUGGGGUUGAGGUCAGGGCUCUCUGCAGGCCAGUCAAGUUCUUCCACACCGAUCUCGACAAACCAUUUCUGUAUGGACCUCGCUUUGUGCACGGGGGCAUUGUCAUGCUGAAACAGGGAAGGGCCUUCCCCAAACUGUUGCCACAAAGUUGGAAGCACAGAAUCAUCUAGAAUGUCAUUGCAUGCUGUAGCGUUAAGAUUUCCCUUCACUGGAACUAAUGGGCCUAGCCAGAACCAUGAAAAACAGCCCCAGACCAUUAUUCCUCCUCCACCAAACUUUACAGUUGGCACUAUGCAUUGGGGCAGGUAGCGUUCUCAUGGCAUCUGCCAAACCCAGAUUCGUCCGUCGGACUGCCAGAUAGUGAAGCGUGAUUCAUCACUCCAGAGAACACGUUUAUACUGCUCCAGAGUCCAAUGGCGGCGAGCUUUACACCACUCCAGCCGACGCUUGGCAUUGUGCAUGGUGAUCUUAGGCUUGUGUGCGGCUGCUCGGCCAUGGAAACCCAUUUCAUGAAACUCCUGACGACGCUGCUUCCAGAGGCAGUUUGGAACUCGGUAGUGAGUGUUGCAACCGAGGACAGGCUAAUUUUACGUGCUACACGCUUCAGCACUCGGCGGCCCCGUUCUGUGAGCUUGUGUGGCCUACCACUUCGCGGCUGAGCUGUUGUUGCUCCUAGACGUUUCCACUUCACAAUAACAGCACUUACAGUUGACCGGGGCAGCUCUAGCAGGGCAGAAAUUUGAUGAACUGACUUGUUGGAAAGGUGGCAUCCUAUGACCGUGGCACGUUGAAAGUCACUGAGCUCUUCAGUACGGGCCAUUCUACUUCCAAUGUUUCCUAUAGAGAUUGCAUGGCUGUGUGUUCUAGGAUAAUGUUUGUCUGUAAUAAAGCCCCUUUCGUGGGGAAAAACUCAUUCUGAUUGGCUGGGCCUGGCUCCCUAGUGGGUGGCCCUCCCAGGCCCACCCAUGGCUGCACCCCUGCCCAGUCAUGUGAAAUCCAUAGAUUAGGGCUUAAUGAAUUUAUUUAAAUGAACUGAUUUCCUUAUAUCAACUGUAACUCAGCAAAACCUUUGAAAUUGUUGCGUUUACAUUUUUGUUCAGUAUAUGUAUAUUUGGCUAUGGUUGGUAGGUGUGUGUGUGUGUGUGUGAGCGAGUGAGCGAGAGACGCAUUCCAUGUCAUUUCAGCAAGCCAUUACACCCACCAUCUCAGAUUGUUCUGAAAUCGUUUCUGUAGUUAGAAACAGAUAAGAUGAGCAUUCCUGAAACAUUAUUUUGUUGAAAUAUAAUUUGAUCUCUGAGAUAUUAAGCUAAUUGAUUGCACCCAAAUUGGCCAAUUUAAUUUAUGGGAUUCAUAUAAUAUUCAAUAAAUAUAGUAUCUAACAUCCGAUUCGGACACAACUAACAAUGAGUAAGACAUGAGGAAUGCACCAUUGACUUGCAUUGAAUUUGUGCCACAAAUGAUAAAAAGUUAACAUUUGAAAAACAGUGGACAACAAAACCAAAGCAUGGAUUACUGUCAUACCUUGUCCAUAGACUGCUUAAAGGGUAGGAAACCAAUAUGUAAUUUUGUAAAUUGGGUGAACUAUCCCUUAAACAUUGAGGGGGAGGGGGGAUUUAAAAAAAACACACAAACAAACAACGACAUCACACUUGCCCAGACCCACCUGCUCCCCCCCCCCAUCUCCAGACCCACCUGCUCACCCCCCCCAUCUCCAGACCCCGCACACUACUCUCUGCUCACCCCCCCCCCCCCCCCAUCUCCAGACCCACCUGCUCACCCCCCCCAUCCACUCCAGACCCACCUGCUCCACCCCCCCCCAUCUCCAGACCCACCUGCUCACCCCCCCCAUCUCCAGACCCACCUGCUCACCCCCCAUCUCCAGACCCCGCACUACUCUCUGCUCACCCCCCCCCCAUCUCCAGACCCACCUGCUCACCCCCCCAUCUCCAGACCCACCUGCUCACCCCCCCCAUCUCCAGACCCACCUGCUCACCCCCCCCCCCCCCCCCCCCAUCUCCAGACCCCGCACUACUCUCUGCCACCUGGCCUCAAACUGCAACAUUUAGAAAGAAACUGCACUCAAACUGCACCGACGGAGAGAAACAUAAUGGUGCAGAUCACGCACUGAUUAUUUUUAUCCACAACAAGUCCGUUUGGUGGAAACACACCACUGGUGGAUUUUGGAAUAUUCGCAUGAAAAUCUGUCGCUAAUUGGAUAGAAACCUUGCUACUGACUAAUUUCUCUGAACAGGGGGGAAAAAAACAUCACCCCUGGAUGACGUUCAAGUGGUAGACCAUUCUUAGUACACACGGGAAACUGUUGAGCGUGAAAAGCACAAACCGGUGCGCCUGGCACCUACUACCAUACCCCGUUCAAAGGCACUUAAAUAUUUUGUCUUGCCCAUUCACCCUCUGAAUGGCACACAACAUCAUUGAAAAUCAUUGAAAAUCGCUUGAAAAUCAUUCUUCAACCUGUCUCCUUCCUUCCUUUCAUCUACACUGAUUGAAGUGGAUUUAACAAGUGACAUCAAUACGUUUUGAGAAUGACACAAAUACACAUUUUCACAAAGUCUGCUGCCUCAGUUUUGAUGAUGGCAAUUUGCAUAUACUCCAGAUUGUCAUGAAGAGUGAUCAGAUGAAUUGCAAUUAAUUGCAAAGUCCCUCUUUGCCAUGAAAAUGAAGUUAAUCCCAAAAAAACAUUUCCACUGCAUUUCAGCCCUGCCACAAAAGGACCAGCUGCCAUCAUGUCAGUGAUUCUCUCGUUAACACAGGUGAGAGUGUUGACGAGGACAAGGCUGGAGAUCACUCUGUCAUGCUGAUUAAGUUAGAAUAACAUAAUGGAAGCUUUAAAAGGAGGGUGGUGCUUGAAAUCAUUGUUCUUCCUCUGUUAACCAUGGUUACCUGCAAGGAAACACGUGCCGUCAUCAUUGCUUUGCACAAAAAGGGCUUCACAGGCAAGGAUAUUGCUGCUAGUAAGAUUGCACCUAAAUCAACCAUUUAUCGGAUCAUCAAGAACUUCAAGGAGAGAGGUUCAAUUGUUGUGAAGAAGGUGUCAGGGCGCCCAAGAAAGUCCAGCAAGCACCAGGACCGUCUCCUAAAGUUGAUUCAGCUGCGGGAUCGGGGUACCACCAGUGCAGAGCUUGCUCAGGAAUGGCAGCAGGCAGGUGUGAGUGCAUCUGCACGCACAGUGAGGUGAAGACUUUUGGAGGAUGGCCUGGUGUCAAGAAGGGCAGCAAAGAAGCCACUUCUCUCCAGGAAAAACAUCAGGGAUAGACUGAUAUUCUGCAAAAGGUACAGGGAUUGGACUGCUGAGGACUGGGGUAAAGUCAUUUUCUGGGGCAUCCGGAAAACACCUUGUCCGGAGAAGACAAGGUGAGCGCUACCAUCAGUCCUGUGUCAUGCCAACAGUAAAGCAUCCUGAGACCAUUCAUGUGUGGGGUUGCUUCUCAGCCAAGGGAGUGGGCUCACUCACAUUUUUGCCUAAGAACACAGCCAUGAAUAAAGAAUGGUACCAACACAUCCUCCGAGAGCAACUUCUCCCAACCAUCCAAUAACAGUUUGGUGACGACUAAUGCCUUUUCCAGCAUGAUGGAGCACCUUGCCAUAAGGCAAAAGUGAUAACUAAGUGGCUCGGGGAACAAAACAUCGAUAUUUUGAGUCCAUGGCCAGGAAACUCCCCAGACCUUAAUCCCAUUGAGAACUUGUGGUCGAUCCUCAAGAGGCGGGUGGACAAACAAAAACCCACACAUUCUGACAAACUCCAAGCAUUGAUUAUGCAAGAAUGCGCUGCCAUCAGUCAGGAUGUGGCCCAGAAGUUAAUUGACAGCAUGCAGGGUGGAUUGCAGAGGUCUUGAAAAAGAAGGGUCAACACUGCAAAUAUUGACUCAUUGCAUAAACUUAAUGUAAUUGUCAAUAAAAGCCUUUGACACUUAUGGAAUGCUUGUAAUUAUACGUCAGUAUACCAUAGUAACAUCUGACAAAAAUAUCUCAUAACACUGAAGCAGCGAACUUUGUGAAGACCAAUACUUGUGUCAUUCUCAAAACUUUUGACCACGACUGUAUGUCAUGGAAAGAGCAGGUUUUCUUAAUGUUUUGUAUACUCGUUGUUGGUGUGGGAUGUGGGGAUCCGUGGGUGACUUUGGAUUUCUCAUGUCUUACUCAUUGUAAAAAAUAAAAAUAAUAAUGGUUCAAAUCGGAUGUUAAGUAUUAUAUUUAUUGAAUAUUAUAUUAAUCUAAAAUAAAAUGGCCAAUUUGGGUGCAAUCAAUUAGCUUAAUUGCUCAGAGAUCAAAUUAUAUUUAAACAAAUUAAUGUUGCAGGAAUGCUAAUCUUAUAUGUUUCUAACAACAUAAACAAUUUCAGAACAAUCUGAGAUGGUGGGUGUCGAAAUCCUCUUUCUUGUGCUUUUUGAGGUGGAACGAUCCGAGAGCGAGUGUUACAGAUAUUUGGGUAAUGGGAGGCCAAACUUUAAAUUAUUAAAUGCAUACCAGAAUAAUCUAUCUGUGUGCUGUGGAGAUACGGCCACCAGAUAUGAUUCCAAUACAGUAGGGUGGGAUUGCCCCUCAAUGCUGAUCUAGGGUCAGUUUGGUAUUAACCUCCACAUGUGAUUCCAAUAGGCCUCAUAAGCAGGCAUUAUAAAUAACCCAAAACCCCAAACUGGUUCGCCAGGGUUCUGACUGGUGAAAGCAACUAAACUUUCAUUAGUUACAGUUGAAGUCGGAAGUUUACAUACACUUAGGUUGGAGUCAUUGAAACUCGUUUUUCAACCACUCCACAAAUUUCUUGUUAACAAACCAUAGUUUUGGCAAGUCGGUUAGGACAUCUACUUUGUGCAUGACACAAGUAAUUUUUCCAACAAUUGUUUUACAGACAGAUUAUUUCACUUAUAAUUCACUGUAUCACAAUUCCAGUGGGUCAGAAGUUUACAUACACUAAGUUGACGGUGCCUUUAAACAGCUUGGAAAAUUCUGAUAGGCUAAUUGACAUCAUUUGAGUCAAUUGGAGUUGUACCUGUGGAUGCAUUUCAAGGCCUACCUUCAAACUCAGUGCCUCUUUGCUUGACAUCAUGGGGAAAUCAAAAGAAAUCAGCCAAGACCUCAGAAAAAAAUGGUAGACCUCCACAAGUCUGGUUCAUCCUUGGGAGCAAUUUCCAAAUGCCUGAAGGUUCCACGUUCAUCUGUACAACAAUAGUACACAACUAUAAACACCAUGGGAUCACACAGCCGUCAUACCACUCAGGAAGGAAACGCGUUCUGUCUCCUAGAGAUGAACGUACUUAGGUGCGAAAAGUGCACAUUUUUACUAGGAUUAAAUGUCAGGAAUUGUGAAAAACUGAGUUUAAAUGUAUUUGGCUAAGGUGUAUGUAAACUUCCAACUUCAACUAUAUAUCAUGAAGUAGAUUCAUAGCGUGAAAUGCAUAGUGCGAAAUUCAAUGUUGUGCUUUAUUUUAUGGUCCGCUAGACUAUUUACUAAAUAUUUACAUAGAAAUGACAUGGUAAUCAUUAAAUACCAUUUGGUUAAUAUAAUUACAUUACAGAUCAUUAGGAAUAACCCUGAUUUCUCUAUCCCCGUCUCUCCUCUAGCUCCUAGCCGAGGAUUGGCCGUUUGGUGUAGGUCUGUGUAAACUAGUGCCGUUUGUCCAGAAAGCUUCAGUGGGUAUUACUGUGCUGAGCCUGUGUGCUCUGAGCAUUGACAGGUAUGCUAACGCACACACACACACACAAUUGUAUUUAUUGACUACACAGAGAAAGUUGCCCUAAUGUUCCUCCCCCUCCACUCCUACCCCAGGUACCGGGCAGUAGCGUCGUGGAACCGUAUAAAGGGGAUCGGUGUUCCGAAGUGGACGGCUAUAGAGAUCGCACUCAUCUGGCUGCUGUCCAUCCUGCUGGCUGUGCCCGAGGCUAUAGCCUUCGACAUGAUUGCCAUGGACUACAAGGGAGAACACCUCCGCAUCUGUCUGCUACACCCGAUGCAGAAAUCAGACUUCAUGAGUGUACAUAGACACACACAUGAAUACACACACAUACAGUACGCACACAAGAAAGAACUGCACACAUGCACAUUGAACGCACACAUGCACACAAACAACAGUAGGCUAUAGGGAGUGUCCCUGGCUGGGGUCUGGUGUGGGAAAGCUGCAGUUGUGUGUUGACUCGCACCUUGUGCUCACUCUGAUCAAAAUAAAUCAUAUGACUUUUGAGGCCCCUGUUUGUCUGGAUAAGGUGGUUUGAGUGUGUUUAUGUGUGUUGUCACAAGUGCAUGUGCAUCUCAGAGAGACCAAUAGAUGAUAGGUUGAACUUGUGUAGUCGUCCCAAAUAAGUUUUAGAUGAAGUGAUAGUUGAUGUGUUCCCAGAAGUGAACUCAUAGACCCUUUUGGUCUGCUUGAGGUUACUCCUCACGCUUCUUCACUUCCAUCAUACUUCAGCAUUAGGGUUUGGCUCCCAACUAACUUCCAAGGCUAUAGAACGAGUCAGAGUCAGAUUUCCUCUACAGUCCAUGUCUCUUUCUAAUGGGUAUUUUGCAUUGUGAACCGCAAUAGACUUAAACAGAGUAUCCAUUUAUCCGGUGUGCCCUGUAUUUAUUGGUGUUUUCAUUGUGUUCUUCCAGUUCUAUAAGUCAGCUAAGGACUGGUGGCUGUUCAGUGUGUAUUUCUGCCUCCCUCUGGUCGUAACCGCCAUCUUCUACACCCUGAUGACUUGUGAGAUGCUGAGGAAGAAGAACGGAGUUCAGAUCACCCUGAGUGACCAUCUCAAACAGGUAACCUCCCUCUUCACCCUUUAUUUUCAGCCUAAAUCAUUUAGAAUGUAUCUUUAAUUAUGAAGGGCACUGUAGCCAGAGAGUGUGAUUAAUUGAUUAGUUGGCUGAUUGAUUGAUCCCUCUCUCUAUCUGUGUGUGUAGAGGCGUGAGGUGGCUAAGACAGUGUUCUGCCUGGUGCUGGUGUUUGCUCUAUGCUGGCUGCCUCUCCAUCUCAGCCGCAUCCUCAAGCUCACUAUCUAUGACGAGAAGGACCCCAACCGCUGUGAACUGCUCAGGUGAGGAAUAUCUUUGUGCCCCACCCCCGCUACACUGACCUUAAUAUUGUAAAUAGGAGGUUAAAAAGGAUGUUGUGUGUGUUUCUCCAGUUUCUUCCUGGUUCUAGACUACAUAGGGAUCAACAUGGCAUCUGUUAACUCCUGCAUCAACCCCAUCGCUCUCUACAUGGUCAGCAAGCGUUUCAAGAGCUGCUUCAGGGUAGGACACACACACAGCAUCUUUACAGCGUGCUAAAUAGGGUUAACCCUAAUGGGCUUAUAUGUAUGUACAAUAACUAAUUAAUUCUCUCUCUCUCUCCCUCUCUCUCUAGUCAUGCCUGUGUUGCUGGUGUCUGCCAGCGGAGAUGUUGAUGGAUGAGAAGCAGUCCUGUAUGAAGCUCAAAGUCACAGACCGGGCCUCCGACCAGAGCAACUCACGUGCUACUAACAAGUACACUUCAGCAUGA